UCGCUCUCCACCCAAAAGGAUCCGGGCUGGAGGUGCAAACGUGAGCGGGACGGGCGAGCAGCUCGCGGCUCUUUUCAGCUCUUUUCAGCUCUUUUCAGCUCAUUUCGGAGGGCAGAGGGAGUUUUCCGGCCGGGGUGCAAUAAGGAAGUGCCUUUCCCUGCCAGCACAGCUACAACUGCCUCCAGACCUCUGACAGCUGAAAGGAAUUGCAAGGGAAACAGAGCCACAGGGAGAAAGUUGCAAACAAGAUCUUUUCUUUUUGGCACAGAUUGGAACAGAAGUAUUUGACUUCUUUCCACGGAACAGCACAACUUCGGGAUUUGAUGCACUUUUCUUUGAAUUUUCUGCCAGUCAUGGUUAUUUAUUCAGAGUUAAAUGAAGAUACCGAAGGGUGAAGCAAGAAAAUACUACUUGAAGGGUCUGGAAGGAUAUUUUGCCAUCACUGAAGGAAUGGACUUUUGAACUUGCAUGGAAAAUGUCCUUUCUAAUACCAAAAGUAGCAACGGAAAACUUAUGAUUGAAAUCUUACAGGAAUUUGAUUUCAACUGUACUUUUAACCUUAAAUAGACCAUGGAGAGUUUAUUAUCUCUACUCUGUUGCCAUUAUUCUUUGCUCAUUUUGUUUCAGCAAAAAUAUCAGGUGUACGGAAACUAUUCCCAGCUACCCAAACACCCAGGGUUCAAAGUCCUGGCGUCAGCUUCCCAUUACUGGCCGUUGGAAAAUGUGGAUGGAAUUCAUGAGUUUCGGGAUACGAAUGGAGCUCUAAGAAUCCACAACUUCACUGUGCUUCCUUCCCAUAACUCUACCUUUGUAUAUACCAAUGACUCUGCCUACUCUAACUUCUCUGCAACUGUAGAUAUUGUAGAAGGAAUGGUGAACAAAGGAAUUUAUGUCACUAAAAAGAAAGGAGUCACCUUUCUCUUCUUUGGAAGUUAUCGAAAUUCUUGCAUUAGUAAUCCAGAGGCUUGUGGACCUGAAGGAGUAACAUUCUCCUUUUUCUGGAAGACUCAAGACCAGCAGGCUAAACUUCUCCCUGCCUCUGGUGGACGAGUAAUUUCCAGUGGUUUCAAAAUCUGUUCAAACGAAGGUGAAGGCUCCGUGGAAUUUUACACCCGUGGGAAUGCAAUGAUGAAGUGGAAAGCAAGCUUUAGUCCACCAGGUCCUUAUUGGACUCAUAUUCUCUUUACUUGGAAGUCAAGAGAAGGACUGAAGGUCUAUGUCAAUGGGACUCUGAACAGCACUGAUCCAGACGGGAAAGUUUUCUACGAUUACGGAGACCCCGGCGCGAAUCUCCUGACUGGGACAGAGGGGGAUCAGACCAAGCGUUACGUGAACGGGGCAUUCGAUGAAUUCGUCAUCUGGGAAAGGGCCCUGACCCCGCACGAGAUUGAGCAGUACUUUACAGCUGCCAUUGGUGUGCAGGUUUUGCUUCCUUCGACACUUCCGUGGUCUCUGAUGACAACCACUACAAACCCCGUGCUCCCCACCAACGCUUACCACCCCAUCAUCGCCGACCUGAGCCAGGAGAGGGGCAGCUCCUACUCCCCCAGCACCAUGCUGGGGUACCUGCAGAACGUGUCCUUCAGCUUGCCCAACAAAUCCUUGUCAGAAAACACUGCCCUGAGCCUGACUGAGGCAUUUUUAAAAGCUGUUGAAGACUUUAUGUUACUGUCCAACUGGAUUGAUGGACCAGAGGCCCCUCUGGUGUUCAGCAGCUUGAUCCACACCAUCGACACGGUGAUGGCUCACAUGUCCCACAACCUGGAUGAAAACUCGCUGCCUCUGACUGUCGAGGGCUCCUCAUCUGUGGCAGAUUACGCUGUGGUCAAAAUGCAUCCUCAGACCCUGAACAUUUCCCACUAUCGAUUUCCAUCUCGAGGACAGAGUUAUAUUUCCAUUCCCAGUGAAGCUUUUGCUGGAAAAGCCUGGAUUACCAUCGUCAGCCUGCUUUACCAUAACAUGCAUUAUUUCUUUCAUAACAUCGACCCUAUGGACACCAAGAUUGCUGAAGCUGCUGCCUACAAAGGUUAUAUGAUCUCAGCAAGCAGUUAUCUUAUCUCCGUCAAAGUGGAACCUCUACCCAAGCUGUCCUACAAUCUGUCAGGAUCUCCUCUCAUCACCAUCCAGCUCGCCCACAAAUUGACGCCCAGACAAUACAGCCAAGCACUAAAUAAAAGUAACAGAGUUCAUCUCUACUGUGCAUUUCUGGAUUAUAGCAAUGGAACCGGCAUUUGGUCUAAUGAAGGUUGUGUGCGUGAGAGCGGGGACCUCAACUACUCUGUGUGUCUCUGCAACCACCUCACCAACUUUGCCAUUCUGAUGCAAGUGGUGCCUCUGAAGCUAACAAGAGAACACCAGGUGGCCCUCUCCUCCAUCACUUACAUUGGCUGCGCCCUGUCCAUCUUCUGCCUGGCGAUCACGCUGGUCACAUUCGCGGUAUUGUCGUCUGUCAGCACCAUCCGCAACCAGCGCUACCACAUCCACGCCAACCUGUCCUUUGCUGUGCUGCUGGCCCAGAUCUUGCUGCUCACCAGCUUCCAGUUCAGCCCUGGAACUCUGCCUUGCAAGAUACUGGCCAUUCUCCUUCAUUUUUUCUUCCUGAGUGCUUUUGCAUGGAUGCUGGUGGAAGGAUUUCAUCUUUACAGCAUGGUGAUCAAAGUAUUUGGGUCAGAAGAAAGCAAGCACUUAUACUAUUAUGGAAUUGGAUGGGGCUGCCCACUGCUGAUUUGUGUCAUUUCUGCAACGUCAUCCCUACACAGCUAUGGGGAAAGUGGCAACUGCUGGCUUUCACUGGAGAAUGGAGCCAUUUGGGCUUUCGUGGCGCCAGCGAUGUUUGUCAUUCUGAUCAAUAUUGGCAUUCUCAUUGCUGUCACAAGAGUCAUCUCCAGAAUCAGUGCAGACAACUACAAGGUCCACGGAGAUGCUAAUGCCUUCAAACUGACAGCUAAAGCCGUCGCUGUUCUCUUACCAAUCUUGGGAAGCUCGUGGAUCUUUGGCAUUUUGGCUGUCAAUGCCCACGCACUGGUAUUUCAGUAUAUAUUUGCCGUUUUCAGUUCACUACAAGGAUUUUUCAUGUUCCUGUUUCACUGUCUUCUGAACUCAGAGGUUAGAGCUGCCUUCAAGCACAAAACCAAGGUCUGGUCCCUCACCAGUAGUUCAACACGCAACAUCAAUGUGAAGCCCUUCAAUUCAGACAUUAUGACUGGGAACAGGCCAGGCACGACUCCCACAAAGCUGAACACCUGGGAUAAAAGCACCAAUUCAGCGAACCGCAUUGAUUUAUCAGCAGUCUGACAGUAAUAACACUCCUCAGAGAAAACCAAGCCAUACAUUCAGGACCUCCGACACCGUGUCCACCAGCUUUUUCUCACUGCUAAUAACAGUAGAAAACUGGGCUUUUUAAAUCACUGCCUAAUGAAUUGGGAAUUGCCAUAUCGUUUUGUUGAGUAAAUAGCCCUUGUUGCUUGCCUUCAAAACUGUAACAUGUUCUAGCACUUGGCUAUUAGCAAUAUCUGUAAAAAUAACCAGCAAAAUAUACACUGGAUGGUUUUGUCAGCAAUGAUGAAAACACUAGGUACGCAAGGAGGGCUUAUUGCUCUCUGAAUCAUUCCAGCUCCCAGAACUGAGGGAAAGCAACAUACCUCUGAAAAGAUGGAUUUUUAUGCUCUAAAAUGAAAUGCUUCCCAUUGUGAUGUUGUAAUGAGACUAUUCCGGACCUGCUGUGCUCUCUCUGUUUACAUUUAUUACCUUAUAGAAUCCAAUUAUGAAAGUGAAGCUGAUUCAAAAUACAUAGUACGGUGUUUAGUCUAAAUGCUACAAGGAAGCCAGGACUUGAGGGAGAGGCAGGUUCUGGCUACUGCCCUCCCAAAGUGGGUGUGGAUUAGCAAAGCUAACAAACACGUGUGUCUCUGCGCACACAAACAGCACAUGUAAUGUGGAAUGUGGCCCAGCAGUGUUUUAGAUCUUCCUGUUGCCAUGUUAUCUAUCAGAGGCCAAGAUUGUCCUACAGCAGCCCACAGCACCUCUACUGCUGAUUUCUGUCUGCUGACACAUUGCCAUAUGAAUUAUUCCACUGCUUUGCCUGCAGCUUCGGGAUGCAAUCAACAACUCUCCGUCAAGUGCAUUUCGCAAACUCACUGUGGCUUUUGGAAAUCAAAACCUGGCUCUCUGACUUAUCUUCCUCAUUUUACUGGUCAUUUAGAGACACUGAAUUCCUACCACAAAGAUGUAACAUGUUGAUAUACUGUGAAGACAGCCACCCUACAAAUAAGUCUAUGUAUCGUUUCCUGCAGACAGCUUUAAACAGGUCUCUGCAGUCUCUUUUGUGGUUUUAAACUCUGCCCAGCAUUUAGUAGCUUCUGCUUUAGUACUGCUAUGAAGUAUCUUUAAGGAGGAGAAAAACACUGUAAUUUUUCUUCUGACCAGUGUUUUGUAGGUUCUCUGAGUGGUGUUUGGAGCACGAGCCAGGGCUACCUGUGCCAAACAUGCACCUUCCCAACUGGAGUAAAGCAGGGUUUAAGUCUCAACAGUGGUCAGAGCCCUCAGGGGCCCUUGCUCUAGGACUUACUCAGCAUCCAGGGUCUCCAGAGUGACUUCCAAAGAUGAGGAAGUGGCUUUACAGCCACAACUCUUUAUCCCCAGCUCUCCCUUGUUUGCAGCAGCCCCCCCUGUAACAGACUGGGUAUAAUGGUCUGCAGAGAUCACCAGGGUAAUUCACUUUCCUGAUCCACUGGGCUAUCAAAAUACUACAACAGGCAGAAAAUAUGCAAGUCUUCAACCUCAUGUUUUGCUAAGAUGUUUUGUGUUGUGUUUUUUUAACCUUGAUUAAAUAUUGUGUCGUCAGCAGCUCAGACCAUUCCUGAUCCCGGUGAAUGUGCUACUGGUUUCCAAGAGAAAAGGUAUUUACACCAUAAUGUGCAGAGUGGAAAUUUUCUAUUGGAUAGUAAAUUUAUCAAAAAGUAAGAUGAAAGUAAAUUGAUCUUUAGGGAACUGGAAACACCCAUCAAUUAUGACUGAAUUUAGUGAAGUGUUAAAUCCAAAAGACAUAGAAUUGAAAGUUUAGAAAAACUCAAUGCAUUUAAUUUCUGUUUGAUCCAAAACAAGUUUUGUCUGGGUUUCCUUCCUGCUCUAAAAAAAAUGGUAAGUUUCAGUUCGGCCCAAUCUUUCCUGCCUUUUCCCCUCCCUAGCCAAGACUUGUUGGUGUGAUCCCCAAACUGGAAGUCCAGAGCCCACCCAAGUUUGUCAGGCUCACAGCUCAAAACAUUCUACAGAAAUUAUUUCAGUUGCACCAGAUCAAUGCUGGAUUUCUGCAGCUAGAACAGAGCAGAACUGCAUAUCACACAUAUCCGUGCAUGAAAUACAGAGGCUUUAAUCCCGUGUUUCCUACUGCUACAUAACUCCAAUCAUUGACAAUUAACUCCAAACAGAGGACCUGUAAAAGCUAAACAUGUAAAUGGCUGUGUCUUUAUUUUGGCUUUUGUGUAUGGUUUUCUCCUAGCUUUUUCUGCAUUGCUCUGUCUUACAGCUGUGCCUAUAUAUGGGCUUCUCUUGGCCUGAAAAUGAGGUUUUUUCCCCCCAAAAGACAGUAGACAAAGCCCUUGGAAUGUACAGAGGAGAUGGAAUAGAAGAGUACUGUGAUAGCAGAGUUUGUAUUGUGUGCAGACAAUGUAUUUAAGCAUAUUUUUUUAUACUGGAGCAUAUGAGUUUUUUUGGUUUUGGUUUGGUUUUUUGGUUUGUUUUUGGUUUUUUUACACUGUGACCACAAACAGAGAUUGAAACCCUCCUUGACCAUUUCUCUUCUAAUCAUUGUAUUAUAGUGCAAGUUCUGUGAAUGAACAAGACAACAUACAAAAGGUUGGGGUUUUUUUUAAUCUUAAUUCCUAAGAGUAUUCCCCUCUACACAAUUUUCGUUCCCUGCAUUUCCUCCUGUGCUGUAUUGGCCACUUUUGUGACUGCCCAAGGUCCAUUUGAAAAAAAAAAAAACAAACAAGUGACAUACCAAUGACAGUACACAAUGGCAGUAGUACAAAGGGCUAAAUCAGUUUUUCAUCCAGGUAUGCUCUGUUUUAAAACUGUUCACCAAAAAUAGGACGAGCAUGGAAAUGUGUUUGGUUUUACACUUUUGAAUGGGAGAUAGGAGUGUUAUGUGUUGAGGGAGCCUUGAUUAUCCCCCAAGAUCCUCUGUGGAUAACCUGCAUCCCAUGCUUUAACUGGUGGAUGAGGCUUGUGGUGAAGCAGUUUGCCUUCUUCAUGGCACAGGAGGUUUGGAGCACUGAAUUUACAAUGCUGCAUUGGGGAUGGGCUUUUCUUCUGUUUUUGAUGAAAAAUCCCCACAAAGUACAGAUGUGUUCUGUUGCCAUCGGUAUCCAUUCUUUUUGUUUGAUUCAAAGUGUUUUUCUUGGUACUGAAUGCAGCAAAUGUACUGAAUAAGAAAUGCUCAAAUGAAUCUUUAAACAAUCUCUUCCUGUCCUCAGUCUUUUGAAGCUUGAAGAUCUUGCAGUUUAUUUAUGGGCUAGUAUAUAGCAGCUAUUACAAUAUUUUUUUUUCUGGACAGCAUCAUUUUGUCAACAGUAUGAAAUGUUAAUUGAAUGAAAUGUGAGUUAUAAAAAUAGGUAAUGUAGCAAGAAUGUCUUUGCCAGUAAGUAGUAAAAUAAUUUAGCUUUGUUGGUUUUUUCCCCCCUCAAAUAAAUAAGAAAUCUUAAUUUCCUAAAAGGACUUUGUUAAAAUUAUUCUUUUGCCAUGGAUUAUAAACAACAGCAUAACAAUUGAGGUUCCCUAUCAGUGCUACUGUUGCAAUUACACAAGCAGAGCUUUACUCCUAUGAAGGACCUGCUGUCCGUGUCAGGGGUGCUGAGGUAAUGCGCAGGAAAUAUUUCUGUGUUGAGGGUUAUACCCAGAGAAUAAAAGUACUGAGUCUUGCCAGCAGAAAGAGAACUUCUGGAAUUCAGUACAGCCAAUGCAGAACCAGGCUCAGAAACUGGUUUUGGCUCUGGGAUGGUUUCGGUCCACAGCAGGUCAAAAGUGGUGGGUUUUUAACUAAUUCUUCUAUGAAAGCUUCAUUACUGUUACACUUUUAUCUGAAAAUGAUAAAGUAAGUCCAGAAACGUCACAGCUCAAUCUCAGCUCCAUCAUAGGGAUGCAAUCCUGUAGCGCUCGUUUUCAAGGUUAGAGCUAAUUCUGUGGUGAUUUAACAGACUGCCAGCUGUGUUGCAUAGGUGCGUAGAUGUGGAAAAAUAACUAGAGCAAUUAUAUGCUGAAAAUUAAAGAUUGGAAUUUAGAUGAGAAAGGUUUUUCAUCCCAUUUCAAUAAACCUUCUUCCCUUUGUAUCCUUUAAAAUCAUGUAGCAAGGCAUACAUAAAAGAAAGCUUUCUUGCUACUUUGUGAAACACAGAGGUUAUUGACAUUUAUCAUUCGUGACAGAAUAAUAAAUUAGGUCAUUUUGGCACUGGCUUACAUCAUGUUUGCCUUUAAAAAUAUUUUCAUUAUAUCUGUGUUAUGCUUGGCUGACUCCAUGUAGUAUGUCAUGGAUAGUUAUUGCUAUAAUUGCCCUUGUUCACACAAUUUUCCUUCUCAAUAAUCCCAUAUGUUCUUGGAAUUCAGAGGCCGUAUUUCAUCUUGUCAAGGAUGAUUACAACACUGAAUGUACCACUGACAUCAGCAUCUUCACCAGGUGCUGACACAUGGCAGAAACAUUGAGUCAUAAGGGACUUCUGAGCACCGUUCAAUGGAUCUCUACCAAACACCUUCUUUGCCUGAUGGUUCGUUUGCUCAGGGUUGUUCCCAAGAGAGCUGUUUUAGGCUGUCUCAUUUACCUAUGCCAAAGGCGACUGAAAUUUUCUCUCACCCCUGUUAUUUUCUGUUGUUAUUGAAUAAAAUCAGGCUUGAUUGGCCAUUG